ACUUUGCCCCAUGAAUCCUUAUCUUGUCGUUUCUAUUUUUUGUAUACUUAGCCUAUAUCAAGUUGGAAAAACCAACAACUUCUGUCCAAUAACCAAAAUCUGCAACAGUGAAAUAGGUCGGCGAAUUAGGGGCUUCCUGGAAGGUACGCGCUGCUAAUGAAACGCCGUAAAACCCGAGCGACAGCUGUGGCAUGAUUAGAGGACCUGACCUGAUGUUGGCCGGAUUAGCGGGUGUAAUAAAAAAUUUGCAUAGUUGCGUUUACCUGUGGCGUUUAAAAGGCGUCGCCGUAACGCUACCGCUCACAGUUACAAACUGCAACGUCUAACGUGAACAACGCAAAAGCCACAAAUAAAUAUAACAAAAUUAAAAGUAUGGUGCUAAGUAAUUCGACGCCCAACAAUAAUCGCAAGCAAAACGAGAUGGUUGUGGACACAGCAGCCAUGAAUAGCGCCGAUCUGAACGAGCUGCUGCAGCUGAAUGCAGAGAUUGAGGAGCGACGGUCACGGCACGCGUACUGCGAUGUCAGCGAUGCGCACGGACUGCUGCGUGCCACAAUGACCCGAGAGGAGCUCUUCGAGGUUUCCUCCUUGGAUGAUGAUCGCUUUCUAACAGCAUUGGAGCACCAAAACUCUUAUACGACCCCGUCACGUGUACAGAUCACCGACUUGGACUUGUCCAGCAUUGAGAACCUCAUGAAGUAUUUCGACGAAGAGGUACCCGUUACGCCUAGCAAAGAUGUGCAUGCAUCGACAACCCAUUCCACUGGCAAGGUGGCCAGCACCAUUGCCAAAUUAGCUAACCAGCCCGUGGCACAGCCCAAACAACAGAAAGUGGACAGUGGAAAGAAAAAGAUUAGUGAGUUAAAACAGAAAUACGAACAGCCACAGCUGGGAACACCACAGUCGGUACGUGGCGCUAACAAGACCAGCGGCAAGCUGCCCAUGAAAGUCAAGGAGAUGGCACAAUUAUUCAACUCGAAGAUCAAUCAGGUAAUGCGCCGAGCUGAGCCGCCACAAUACGCCGCGCUACACAAUGAGCUAUCCUUGUCACCGGAGCCCAAGCCACAGCCUAGGCAGAAACAGGCUCGACUACAACAACAACAGCAGCAGCUUGAAGAGGAGGAGUCCACAAAUCAUGGACCCUGCCUGGUAGCCGAGGAUGUGUUUCGUGAGCUGAGCGUCAAGGAUAAGGUGUUGCUCUUCAAUAAAUUUGUUAGCGACAUUGCCGCUAAGCAUCCCAAAUUCAAUGAGCAUGCGGCUGAUCUUAAAGCUCAGGCCAAAAAGCAAAUAGCACGCGGCGAGGUCGUGGCCGAGCAGCAGGCCAGCGUCAAGCAUUUGGCACAGGAACUCGAGGCCAAGUGCGUGCUGCAGUCCACUCCCCCACGGCCGGCACCGACACUGGUCACGUCGCUCAAGUCGCCAUCGCCAUCGCUGCAUGUGAGCACACUGACAGUGGUGCUAAAGCCCAGCCCGGAGCGACAUGUGAUUGCCAUGCCAGGUGGGCGUGGCCUGCAGUGCACCUCGCAGAAGCGCAAUUCGGCUGCCAUCCGCAGCGUACUGCCCACUGAGGCGUAUGCGCCGCCCAAGAAGAUACGACGCACACGCCAGGAGCGCUCCGGCACUGAAAAUCAUUUGUUUUUUCAAAACGAGCCUCUCGAGAGUCUUUUCUACACCUGGCUAAGUGCCGAGAAUGGCGUGUUGUUCGACAUAACCAGCGUGUCGAACAGCGAUCAAACCAUUGAAAUUGCCAGCAGCGAUGAGCAACCAGCUCAAAACACAGCCAGUUCGAUGGGCGACAUUAGCCAGAAGUCGGCCGUUGAGCGCUUGCUCGAGGAGGCCAUUGCCAAGCUGGAGCUGGAGAGCAAAACUAAAGAAGCCAGCUAUGUGGAAGAUAAAGAUGUGGACACAGCAACAACGCCGAUAUCAGCGGGCACGCACCUUGCUCCUGUCACGCCCACGCCGCGUAAAAUGAAACGUCAAGCACCGCCGGUGCCGGCGCCUCGUCCAAGUCUGGCCCAGACGCAAUCCACUUGCAUUACUUCGAGCAGCUCCUCCAGUUGCAAGCAUUCUGAAGCUGAGGAAAGUGAAUCCGGCUUAUCAACACUACCAAAGAUAACCACUGAUGAAUCUCAGCCAGAAAUGCCAACAACGCCCAACGAGGCAGGCGACUUCGAUUUUGCCAAGCCCGUGCGACCGCCGCGCAAGAAGAAAAUGCGUCGUACGCUCACCUGGAAGAAGGAGAAUUCAAUUGUGGAGGCCACGGCCAAUGCUGUAACCAGCACCGACUCAGAUUCCGACUACAAGCCAGCAGCAUUGCAGGCCAAGAAGAAGCCACCAAGUGCGUUAACGGCAGCUGCUCCGCCGCCGCAGUCGAUGCCAUUGCCGGAGCAAAGUUACAUUGAGCUGGACAAGUCGCUGAUGCGCCAGGUCAACUCGCCGCGAAAGAUCAAGUCUGCGUAUACGUUGACGGUGAUGUCCUCGCCCUCUCCCAACGCGGACAGUGAUCAGUCGCCGUCGCAGACGCCGCGUCAAUCGUUGGAUCAACAGCUGCGCGACAGUUUCAUAGAUCAGGGCUUCGAGACGUGCUCCAAUGAUGCCAUGGACAACAGUCCGUUGCGUCGCUCUUCGGUGGGAGUGGCCCAUGCAAAGCCCUCGGGCUUCUCCACGCCUGUAAAGGGCCGUAGCUGUGCAGGCGCUGCGCAGCAGCAGCUCUUCAGUCCGAUUGGUGUGAGUGGACAGCAACUAGACAAGCCGCGUCGCAGCUCCUUAGCCAUGCAAGUGAUACGAGAGGAUCAUCCAUUGGAUUUGGCUGCCACAUCCGAUACGCCAACAACACCGACAUGCAGUGAGCGCGACUUCUUUGCCAAUGCACCCACUGUGGAAAUGAGCUCCUCUCAGCUUGAGGACCAGCCGGCAAGCAAGCCACAGUCCAAGUUUUGGAUCAGUGCCGGGGACUUUAACGUUGGACUGGAAAUAGCACACAAUACGCCGGAUCGACUGCGUUUACUUUACGACAUCUUUACGCAAAAAAGCUGGGAAACACGUGAGCUGACCUUUGGCAUUGAUGGGCACAAAUUCUGCAGAUCAACUGCUGGCGACCAGGACGCCAAGGCCAAUGAGCUGCCAGAGCGACCGGCGAGCGUUAAGGGCUCCUCGCAUUACUGGUUUGCUAGCGGUGAUUUGGCUGUGCCGUUCAGUGGCAAAUACAUGCCCGGCGAGAAGAUUGAGCGUCUGUUUCAGUUUCUUGACGCGGAGCUGAGCACUGGCCCCGAGUUGGAGCUACGCUUCGGCGUCGAUCACUUUGAGUUUAGCAGCGUGCCGGAGUUCUGGCUCACAUCGCCGAAGUUCUCCAUCGAGAGUAGCUACAGCAUGCUGGUGGGUCUGCAGACGGGCAGCAGCAACGGCUUGGAGGGGCGCAGCAAAUAUGCCUGGCCCAAUAACCAAUAUAACAGCUCCAGCAAUGCCAUCAAGACCAGCGAUCUGGACCAAACUGAGUUCGAGUCGGACAGCUUUAGCAACAAUAGCGGCCGUCUCUCCUUCUCGCCAGAACUAUUUAGCCAGGAAUAUGAGGCGGUGCCAUUGGAUGAGCUCUUCGAUAAAACAUUGCCCGUUGUCCGCUCGAAGUCCUUGAGCAUGCCCCAAAUGCUACGCACUCUGCAGGAGCAGCAAAACAAGCUGAAAAGUGUGGAGCAGCGCAUACGAAACUAUCAGCUGCCACCACAACUAAACGAAGCCUCGUUCAAGCAGUGCCGCAGCAAGCCGGAGUAUGCCCAGAAGCUGCGCACCAUUGAAAAUCUGGCACGCAGCAAUGGCUUCAGCGCCUGCUCCAUGGAGGAGCUGGAGAGCUUUAUGCAGUUUCUUUUCGAAUAUGCGGACACAUGUCUGGGCAGCUGCAAUGAGCACAUCGAGAAGAUCAUCGACACGCUGAUGCAGCAACGCGCCGUUGAGGUUUAAUCCUAAGUACUUCGUCAAAGUAAUGUAUUAGUAAUCAUAAGUAUAUUUAAGCACAUAUAUAGGCACAUAUAUAGGCACGUAUAUAGGCACUAACAUAUAAUG